AGAAAACAAAAACAUCCACCACAGAGAAUCUUUAGUGUCGUAUUCUGAAUUUUGUGUUCUUUCUUUUAUAAAAAACAAACCAAAUGAGUGAAAGUGAAGCACUGAAACCUGAAUUAUUCCACUAAAUCCUCACCGAAGAUGCGUUCACUUCACCUAAUCUCCUUCUUCAUCAUCAUCAUCAUCAGUCUUUUUGUUAAAGCUUCGAAAAGCGACGAUGGGUUUUGUUCAGCGCCGUCGAUCACUGAGUCAGACGAGAAGACGAAACCCAUUUACUGGAAAGUCACGAAUCCAACACUCUCUCCUUCUCACCUCCAAGGUUCGGAUGUGUUUUCUUUACAAAGAUCCUCACUUUCUAGCUUCUUGUCAUCGAAAGUUUGAUACUUUUGUUGACUUGCCGGGUUAUACAAGAAGUGUAUACAAACGAGAUCACGCGUUGAUAACACCGGAAAGUCAUGUGUUCAGCCCUUUACCUGACUGGACAAAUACAUUAGGGGCAUAUUUGAUCACACCUGCAAUGGGUUCCCAUUUCGUCAUGUACUUUGCCAAAAUGAAAGAAAUGUCAAGUUCAGGUUUACCUCCAAAAGACAUAGAGCGUCUUGUAUUCGUGGUCGAUGGUGCUGUGACACUGACUAACACAUCCAGUUCCUCUACAAAAUUGACGGUUGACUCAUAUGCAUACCUACCUCCAAACUUUCAUCAUUCCUUGGACUGUGUCGAGUCUGCAACACUUGUUGUCUUUGAGCGGAGGUAUGAACGUCUAGGGAGUCACACAACAGAGCUUAUCGUUGGCUCCACUGACAAGAAACCACUACUUGAGACUCCCGGUGAGGUUUUUGAGCUGCGGAAACUUCUUCCGGUCUCCCUUGCUUAUGACUUCAACAUCCAUAUUAUGGACUUUCAGCCUGGAGAGUUUCUCAAUGUUAAGGAGGUUCAUUAUAACCAACAUGGUUUGUUGCUUCUGGAAGGCCAAGGCAUUUAUCGCUUGGGAGAUAACUGGUAUCCAGUUCAGGCUGGUGAUGUCAUAUGGAUGGCUCCUUUUGUUCCUCAGUGGUAUGCUGCACUUGGAAAGAAUAGGUCUCGCUAUUUGUUGUACAAAGAUGUGAAUCGUAAUCCGUUGUAAUCAAAGAUCCAAAUGACUUGAUGUGAAGUAUGGAGAAGAGUUCUUUGGACUAGAAGCCAGAAUCUUGUUCUUUAGCUUUCAGUCUUAAAAGCUUCUCAUGUUCAUUAUUCCAAUUUCCAAGCAUCAGCUACUUUUGUUUUGUAUGAAGAAAACUAAUUUGAAAAUGUCAGUUGCCUCUGCUGCUUUCGCCAUA